UAUUAUUGGCGUUUUCAAAUGAUGGCAUAUAUAUAUAACAAACACCCACACGCAUCUUGUACCCUCUCAUCUCAAGUCUCUCAAAUCUCAAAUUCCAAAUUCAUUGCUCAGACAACACUCAAUCACAACAACUGCAACAAAAAUGGCUAUGGCUUUCAAAAUGGCGACGACGGGGAUGUGGGUGACGGAUGAGUGCAAGAACUCGUUCAUGGAGAUGAAAUGGAAGAAGGUGCACAGGUACAUCGUGUUCAAGAUCGAUGAAGGAUCUCGAUUGGUGACCGUCGAUAAGGUCGGCGGGGCCGGCGAAAACUAUGAUGAUCUUACUGCUUCUCUGCCGAAGGAUGAUUGUCGAUACGCCGUGUUUGAUUUAGAUUUCGUCACAGUUGACAAUUGCCGGAAAAGCAAGAUUUUCUUCAUUGCAUGGUCUCCAACAGCAUCAAGAAUUAGAGCAAAAAUUCUAUACGCAACAUCAAAAGAUGGGUUGAGGAGGGUCCUCGAUGGCAUCCACUAUGAAGUCCAAGCCACCGACCCUACUGAGAUGGGUAUUGAUGUCAUUAUGGACAGAGCCCUAUAGACAUAUGGCUACAUUCAUUUGGAUUUAGCUCUCUUUCUUACUUUUAUAUAAUACUCCAAAUUAUUGUGUCUUUUCUUUUUCUUAACUUUUUCUUGCAUUUUUCAAAAUUUUGGUGCUAAUGUAAGUUAUCUUCUAAUUUGUAAUAAUUAUCUUUUCCUGUGUGUAACUUAAAUGACAAAGCAACUUUAAUGUUUCUCAC